GUAGGGUAGGGCUGGGCGAGCGCACGGCCAUGGCCCCGUGGCUGCAGCUCUGCUCCGUCUUCUUCACGGUCAACGCCUGCCUCAACGGCUCGCAGCUGGCCGUGGCCGCUGGCGGCUCCAGCAGAGCGCGGGGCGCGGACACCUGCGGCUGGAGGGGAGUGGGGCCGGCCAGCAGAAACAGCGGGCUACACAACAUCACCUUCAGAUAUGACAACUGCACCACUUACUUGAAUCCAGUGGGGAAGCAUGUGAUUGCUGAUGCCCAGAACAUCACCAUCAGUCAGUACGCUUGCCACGACCAAGUGGCAGUCACCAUUCUUUGGUCCCCAGGGGCUCUUGGCAUCGAAUUCCUAAAAGGAUUUCGAGUAAUACUGGAGGAGCUGAAGUCGGAGGGAAGACGGUGCCAACAACUGAUUCUAAAGGACCCAAAGCAGCUCAACAGUAGCUUCAAAAGAACCGGAAUGGAAUCUCAACCUUUCCUGAAUAUGAAAUUUGAAACGGAUUACUUUGUGAAGAUUGUCCCUUUUCCUUCCAUUAAAAAUGAAAGCAAUUACCACCCUUUCUUCUUUAGAACCCGUGCCUGCGACCUGUUGCUACAGCCGGACAACCUGGCCUGUAAGCCCUGUAAGUAUAGCUGUUCCCGUCCAUCAGGUCUUGCCUGCAUGGUGGUGUCAGGGUGGCCUCUGGGUGCUCAUUCCGGGUCCUUCCUCCUCCCAGUCUGGAAGCCUCGGAACCUGAACAUCACUCAGCACGGUUUGGACAUGCAGGUGUCCUUCGACCAUGCGCCACACACCUUUGGCUUCCGUUUCUUCUAUCUUCACUAUAAGCUCAAGCACGAAGGGCCUUUCAAGAGAAAGACCUGUAAACAGGAGCAAAAUACAGAGACAACCAGCUGCCUCCUUCAAAAUGUUUCUCCUGGGGAUUAUAUAAUUGAGCUGGUGGAUGACACUAAUACAACAAGAAAAGUGAUGCAUUAUGCCUUAAAACCAGCGCAUUCCCCGUGGGCGGGGCCCAUUAGGGCUGUCGCCAUCACUGUGCCACUGGUUGUCAUCUCGGCCUUUGCAACCCUCUUCACUGUGAUGUGCCGCAAGAAACAACAAGAAAAUAUAUAUUCACAUUUAGAUGAAGAGAGUUCUGAGUCCUCCUCGUACACCACGGCGCUCCCCAGGGAGAGGCUCCGGCCGAGGCCAAAGGUCUUCCUCUGCUAUUCCAGCAAAGAUGGCCAGAAUCACAUGAACGUCGUCCGGUGUUUUGCCUACUUCCUCCAGGACUUCUGUGGCUGUGAGGUGGCUCUGGACCUGUGGGAGGACUUCAGCCUCUGCAGAGAAGGGCAGAGAGAAUGGGUCAUCCAGAAGAUCCACGAGUCCCAGUUCAUCAUCGUGGUGUGUUCCAAAGGCAUGAAGUACUUUGUGGACAAGAAGAGCUGCAAGCACAAGGGCGGCGGCCGGGGCUCGGGGAAAGGGGAGCUCUUCCUGGUGGCCAUGUCCGCCAUAGCUGAAAAGCUCCGCCAGGCCAAGCAGAGCUCCUCAGCCCAGCUCAGCAAGUUCAUCGCCGUUUACUUCGAUUAUUCCUGCGAGGGCGAUGUUCCCGGCAUCCUGGACCUGAGCACCAAGUACAAGCUCAUGGACAACCUUCCCCAGCUCUGUUCCCACCUGCACUCCCGAGACCACGGCCUCCCGGAGCCAGGGCAGUACCCGGGACAGGUGAGCAGAAGGAACUACUUUCGCAGCAAGUCCGGCCGGUCCCUUUACGUCGCCAUAUGCAACAUGCACCAGUUUAUCGACGAGGAGCCCGACUGGUUUGAGAAGCAGUUCGUCCCCCUCCGUCCAACCCCCCUCCACUCCCGGGAGCCGGUGCUGGAGAAGUUUGACUCGGGCUUGGUGUUAAAUGAUGUCGUGUGCAAACCAGGGCCCGACGGCGAUUUCUGCCUCAAGGCUGAGGCCGCGGUCCCCGGGGCGCUGGCCGACUCGCCCUCGGAGGGCCCGCACUUGGGCCUGGACCAAGACGCGGAGGCGGGGUCCGGGCCGGGGGGCGGCUCGGUCCUGCGGCCGCUGCUGCACCCCGCGAAAGCCGCCAGCCCCUCAGACAUGCCUCGGGACUCGGGCAUCUACGACUCGUCAGUGCCCUCCUCGGAGCUGUCCCUGCCCCUAAUGGAAGGACUCUCGGCAGAUCAGACAGAAACAUCUUCGCUGACAGAGAGCGUGUCGUCCUCCUCCGGCCUGGGUGAGGAGGAUCCUCCUGCCUUCCCUUCCAAGCUCCUCGCCUCUGGGGCAUGCAAAGCAGAACCUGGUUGCUGCAGCUACACUGGUGAACUCCACGUGGUCGCCCCUUUGUAACAAAAUGGAAGAAGAGUCUAAGCAUUGCCACUUUAGCUGCUGCCUCUCUCUGGUCCCCCAGCUCUUCUCUCUGGUUGUGCAGUCCACUUGGAGCUGAGGUCUCCGACAAGGAUAUUUGGAGUGAAAUUUGGGCCAGUACUUGCUCUCCUUGCCCCAUCCCUCUACCUGCUAUCUUGGCAAAGUCUCCAAUCUUCUAAAAUCAUAUGGAUAUCUCUGAAAGGCAUAUCCGUAAGGUCCGACAGCAGCUUGUCCCGUUAGGUCAGACCUUGGAUUAGAGCCAGUUCUGGGAGGUAGGGAGGAAACAUGCACAGAGAAACAGGAACAUACCUGCACUGAUCACUCAGAUUUUAUUUAUCUCUGCAAACUUUGCCUGUUUGCUGUUGGCUACUUUGAUUUGAAAUGCUUUGUGGGAGAAGCACUUUUAGUACCAUUCUAGCCACAGAAAUUAAGUGCCAGUCUAUCUGGAAUCCAUGUUGUUACGGAUGAUGUUCUUGUCUGGUUUUGGUGUAGAAUUUACAGUGCUAUGGAUGUCAGAAAAGCUCCGAGUCAAAGGUCCAGAAGGGAACUGAGUAUAUGACCACCUUUCAUAAAAUGAGUCUUUAUGUAUUAGGGGUACCUUGGCUGCCUGAGGUGGGGGCUGCGGGGUCAGCUGACCAAACUGAGUUUUUUCUGACAUAGGUUGGUCAUUGUGCAGAAAGCACCAAAACUCAGAGCACAGGACCACUUCUCGGUCUGAGUAGGCAUCAUGUGGGGGCCAGAUCUGCCUGCCAAGUUUCCCUGGGUUCCAUUUACUGUGCAGUAUCUCAGAUGUUGCUGCCUGGAAGUUUAUUUUUAAAAGACGAAUACCCAACUGGGCUGUCUUACUGGAAGCUGGAGUUCAUGCUCCAGUGGGCUUCUGAUCUAAAGCCGUGUCCAGAAUAUUAGGGACCAGGAUCGACUGAAAUAUGGCCAUGUAUGCAGGUGGCGGCUGCUUACUUUGCUGAACUGCUUUCGACUAAUGAUAAGUCUCAUUUUAAGAAGGUAAGAGGGAGAGAACUGUCAGAAAGUUGAGUGUGCUCUUCUAAUAGCAUCUGAAGAAGACAGGAGACCUGAAGUCAUUGAAUUCUUGAAUCUUAAAGCACUCUCCCUCCACCCUACCCCCCAACAACCCAGCCUGUGAAUCAUGUUUCACUGUGUGUUUCUGUUGUACUUCCCCAGUUUAAGAUUUGUCUCUUGUGCUCUCUUCUACCAAAAAUAGCUAUUAAGAGCUUAGGGAGAAAGAAUUUGCUUUAAGAAGGAAAAGUAAAUGUUUUGUUUCUGUGAAUGAUGUUUCUACAGAUUUUCUGUUUCCAAAAGGGAAAACAGUUGUUCAAAUCCUAUUGGUCUAUUAGGUGUGUGGGUAAUGAUGCCUUGGUCUUCCCUGUGGGAACCCUUCUCCCCAUGUCCUUGAGGGGUUGUGAGCAUCCUUCUCCACCUUUUUCAUGGGUGCCUUUGGAUUUGGGCACCCUGCUUUUACUCAGCACUCACACAGGGGACCCUGGGUUUUAUUCCUUUAGCAGAUAGGACCAAUAUCAAGGGAGAUACUAAGGAACAUCUCAAGGAGGGGUGGGAGGUGGAACAGGGCAUGACUUUUCCAUCCAAGCACAUGCUUGGCAGGUGGGGAAGGGAAGGCCUGCAGCCUUGCUGGAAAGAAGAGAUGUGUGUGUAUUUUUGAUGCAAAUGCCAUGUUCUGGAAAGGCAGCUGACGGCUUCUUGGGAGAAGAACGUGCUUGUCUGUUCUCCGGCAUCGAGUUUCCUGCAGCUGCUCUGAAGGGGAGACAAGUGAGCUGCAGAACUGUCUCCCCCAUGAAACCAGGCAUCUUGUUGGAGAAGAGAUGUUCCAUGUCACUGUGGAAUCUGGGACACGUGCAGAGCUUCUGCCCCCAUGUGACUGUCCUGCCAUUCCGCCAUCAGGAUAAGUUCUGCAAUGGAGAUUGGUCAGUCCAAACUUGCUAACAUUAAAAUUCGUUUGGAGCAUUAUCAGAGAGAUUGAGGCCAAGAAAUGGUGCAUGCUCCAAAGGAACCGCUAGGAGCUACUUUUAGGAUAUUCGGCUUUGCCCAUAAAAUGAGGCAUCUGUGAGAAAGCGAGCCCCGGCAUAGCAUGGAGGACUGGGGGGUGGGGGGAGCCAUUGGCUGAGCUCCAUGAGUGUGGGCAGAGAGGUUGCUAAAUGAACUUACUUCUUACGAAAAUGCAAGGGAAAAAAUGUGCUAGACCAAAAAUCAGGUCAAGUUUUAGUUUGGAUUUAGGGUUUGGAUACCUAUUUUUAAGUACUAAUGUUUAUGUUCAACGCAAUCGGAUUCUAACAUACCAAGUAGCAAAACCAUGGUAUGAAUGCCUAAGUCAGGCAAAGUUGAGGUGUCCCAACUUUGUGGUUUUGCCUUAUUAGUUUCUCUCCUUCCCCUCCUCUUUCCCCUCCCCCUCCCCUCCCCUCCCCUCCCCUCCCCCUCCUCCUUCUUCUCUUCUUCCCUCUCCAUCUCGUGCAGGGAAUGAGAACAGUUGCCUUGCAGAUUAAGGCAAAACAUCUGUUUUAAGCAGAGCUGCAUUCUUUGACUGACAUUGUCCCAGAUAAGGGAAAUGAUAAGACAGAAUUCAGAUAAAAGUUCUGCCAAAUCACAGGCUUUUAGAAAUUGGGGCUACAAGAAUUAGAAUAUAGGGAUGGGGAUGGUCUCCAUGAAAAGCCAUGAUCCUGAGAAUGAGAGGAUUGUGUGGCUAAGACAGUUGGUGUCCUCUGGGCUGGAGACCGGAGGUAGGUACAAGGAACCAGGUAAGCAAGUCUUGAAAGGGAGUUGAAGGUAGGGAGCUAGUCGUUCAUCUUAACUCACCAGUACCCUACAGAAAGGACUUAGCAUCGGACAUAGUCAGCUUUGCAGAGGGGGUGGGAUCAGGGAGCUGGAAGCCCAGGUAAAGGUGUGCUUUUCUACCAGAGGUUGGCUCCAGGCAACAAGAACCACCUGGACAGACCCAGCCCAGCCACACAAUGGGGGCAGAGUGUCCUUCAGAGGGCCAAAUCCUGGGCCUUUGAGGCACAUUGGUCUCCAGAAAGAAUCGGAAGUCAUUGAGGUCCAGGCCCAGGGUUGGGUGACCAGGUAGGUAAUAGCAUUUUGAGCCAAAAAUGAGAUGGGGCCUUAGAGUCAUGAGACAGGCUUUCGUUGACACAUUAGUAAUAACUGAAGACAGUCCCAGAGCACAAGUUCAAAAAAUGUCUUUAGCAACUAUGACAUCAUUGGAAUCAAUGUGUAGUAGUUGAAGUUCAUGUAUGUUUGUAUAUCAGAGUUCGGUCUUGCUACUUCAUUGCUGCAAAUGUCUUUUUCUUUCUUUCUUUCUUUUUUUAAACCAACCCCUCAUCUCAGGUUCCCAGACUUACGCACAGAUAAACAAGAAGACUGUCCCUCCAAAAAUGUGGAGUUACAUGAUUUUCAGAACUUGCCCUUUUUUCAGAAUUGAGCAUCUUCUAAAAGAAACAAAGGAAGAAAAAUGCUAAGAAAUGAUACACCCUCCUCUUAAAGAAAACCCCACGAUCCCCAAUAGCCUCAGCACUAAUUUGGAUCUUUUAGGGGAGAAUUAUUCUUUGUGUCCUUAUUGGAGAGAGGUGGACAAUACCAAUGUGAAGGUUAUUAGCCUUUUCUGUUUUCUGUUGUUUGUGAAGACUGCUGUUCUUAUAGCAGGUGUCUGCAGGGGGUGCCAGUGCAACAGGCCAGGAGUAAUGAUAAAUAAGGUGUGGUGAUAAAUGGCAACCACCUGCCUUCUCUGGGUCAGAGAGACCAUAGGGCCUGGUGGGGACUGUGGCAAACUGAAGUGCUUCCUGUCCCACCUGUAGGAAGGCAGCUCUUCCAGUCAGUUGUGGACAUGCAGUGUUUACUGAUUUUUCCAUUUUUCAAGAGAAGCUUAGAGUAUGGAUUUUUUUUUUUUUUUAAGUAGGCUCCAUGCCCAACGUGGAGCCCAAUGUGGGACUUGAACUCACGAUCCUGAGAUCAAGACCUGAGCUGAUAUCAAGAGUCGGACGCUUAACCCAACUGAACCACCCAGGCACCCCGAGAAUCUGAAUUUUUAUAUGAAAAAUUAUAAUUUUUUAAAGUAUUGGCAGUUAAGUUUUUUUUCAAUUCAGGCUCAACAGAACACAUGAGUGGGCCUGAUUUGGCCCACUAGCUGCCAGUUUGCCACUUUCGCCUUGUAAGAUUUGAAAUGAAAAGCAUUCAUGGUAAUUACAGAUGUCUGGUAUCACCAGAAAAUGAUCUUGCCAAAUGCAGCUGGUGGCUGGAUUGCUUUUUCCCCACCUUGCUCCCCAAAGAAGUCUGAUAUGAUUGUGAAUGUAUAUUGAUAAUAUACAUAGAAACAAAGGAAGAAAGAAAGCUAAGAAAUCCAGCCCUUGCAAAACAAGAGCUAUGAAGAAUGGUUUAAGUAGGUGGGAUUAUUUACCACUGAAAUAAAAUUUACUCUUCAUGGUGCCUUAAGAGAAAGGCAAGCCAGUUACUAAUUUCAAAAUCAGAUUUAUAAGGGGCGUCUGACUAGCUCAGUUGGUAGAGUGUGUGACUCUUGAUCUUGGGGUUAUAAGUUCAAGCCCCACAUUGAGUAUAGAGAUUACUUAAAAAAAUAAAACCUUAAAAAACAAAAAAAAAAUCAGAUUUAUGUUUUCCAAUUUAAAAAACAUAACACUUGGAACAAUUUUCAUUUAAACUGCACAACCGACAGGACGUAUUUAUAGUUUUAGUUCUUGGCUUAAUAACUUUUUAAAUGAUGUGCAAUUCUGAGCUUCAGCCAAGACUUAAUGAGAAAAGCAGAGCUUGUAGGGAAUGGGGCAAGGAAUCCCCGAGUGUCCACUAGAGCCAGGCCACUUGCAUUGUCUUCUGUUUGAAAUGAUCUGUGAAUUGACUCUGUUUUGGAGAUGUGAAACAGUAUACGGAGAAAAGCUUUUCCUGAUACUGAGAGAUCAGUUAGGAGUCCUCGUGGGGUGUUGGGUCAUCCUUUCUAUGUCUCACCUCCUUUCCAGGCUCAGGGUGGAAAUAAACAAAAGGAAGUCUGACUGUAAACCAAUAGCUUGGAUUCCAAUUUCAGAGUUUUGGAGCUGGGAGAAAGUUUGGAUUAUCUAGCAUGUCUUCCCCCCGCUGGUGUCAGCCGGGGCUGAGCCUGAAUUAUUUCAGACAUAUGGCUAUGGAUGGGAUUCUGGAUUUUCAGGGAGGGAAAUUCAGUAACCUACCCUGCUGAUCAGAUAGUUCUUUGUACGUCUUACAGAAAUUCAAACCAGCCUUCUUUUGUUCUGCACAUUGUGGAAAAAGAACAGCUGGUUACCUUCCGUGUAUUUGAAAACUGCAGUGAAGUCAUCCCCCUGGUGUUUUUAUUUCAGUGGUGAAUAAUCCCACCUACUUAAACCAUUCUUCAUAGCUCUUGUUUUGCAAGGGCUUGAUAAUUUUCACUGCUAUUCUUUGUCUCGGCUUCAUGCUCAGUUUGGUUGUGCAAACAGAACAUGGUGCCUUACUCACAUUGGUGCCUUGUGAAGGCCAAGCUCAGGAUGGGGAUUACAGGGAAAUCCUCCCGUGCCUGGCUUCUCUUACUGCUUAAAACUAUAGUGGCACUUUUAGAAAGUGCUAUAUUGCCUGUAUUCAUUUUGAGGAUUACUUGAUCGCCACAUCCGGUCCCCCACCCCCGCCCUGCCCAGCAAUAGCCUGUUAUGUUUUCCUCCUCCUCUUGUGGUCAGUCACUUGGUACUUAUUCUUGAUGUGUUUAAUGCCAUUCCUGAGCUUCUUCAAGACCAACUCUCACCUUCUGAGUGGCAGCUCCCCCGCCCUCCCAAUUAUAGAUUCUAUUUUUACAUAUCUCUAGACAUCACCUUUAAUUCGUGACUCACAAUAUUAGUUUAACCACUGGCAGGAUCGAGAGCAGUUGCUAAGGGCUAAUUUGCAAAGAGAGUGAGGGAGGACCUCUUGGCAAUUUUGGCCAGUUGCCUCCCCUCCUGUUCUUUGGUUCCUCCCUGAAAUUCGGCUGGGACCGCAGACUCCCCCAGGAGCUUUCCUGGGUUCUGAAGGGCUGGGGCCAUGACUCUGAAUUGACUCAGCACUGUGUUUGCACAAUCAGAAGUCUGACAAAAGCAAUCCAAUUAUGAUCAUAUCUGAUGUUUAUGUCAAAUAAAAUUUCAGUCGAGAAGAUUCAAAGAAGCAUUCUUCUGUUUGUACACGAUGGGGACAAAGUUGGCUUCUCCAUCCGUUAGACAAAAAAAUUAUCGUGUCACACAAACCUGUAACUGUUAUUUAAAAGUUUUGUUUUUUUCCUCAAGAAAAAACAUGGUGAGUCUGGACAGAGCAAAAACUUUUGUAAAAACCACAUGUGUUCAUUUAGAGGGUAGGUAACUUCUAUUUUCUUUCUUUUCUUUUUUUUUUUUAACUACAGAAGCUCCCUGUUACUACAUUCUGGGUGUGUGUGUGGGGGGGAAGCCUGUGGAACGUGAACAUGGUGAUUGUUGUCAUUGUCUUUGUUUCAUCUUUAAGAUUGUCCUUGGUGGGGUUUGGAGGAAUAGUGAGCACUGACAGACUGUAGCAGUGUGCUGUAUUUUUACAUUGAAAACGAUGUCUUAUUUGAUUUGUACAUAACUGUAAAUAGGUGACAGUAGGUCACAGCUGACAUCUGCAAAAUGUUGUUUUUGUACCUUAGAAUUUCUGCACCAAAUAAAAUGUUUUAAGA